AUGCAUGGUUCUUUUCCUUCUAUAAACACAUCUGCAGCAUCAACAUUGUCUGCAGACAGGUCCCAGGACACCUUGUCCCGCUCCUCCUCUAUCCCAAAGAUAGAGAUGAAUGUCACUAAAAAUGUAUUGGUUUAUCCCAAGCUUUUCUCCAACCAAUCAAAUACAGCAGUAGGUGGCUCACAUGGUUGCACUGAAAAUGUCAGGCAGGCAUGUAACGCCACAGAAGAACUGCAGACCCCUGAGGGAAAAGCAUCUUCAGGAUCCCAGGAUACCCUGUGUGAACCCAGAUUCAACAUGAAGACGUUUCUUAAUAUUGAGAUCAAAGAUGGGAGAAACACAACUUCACAUUCUUCAGUGUCACCAUCCUCCAUAGCUGUAAACACAACCCCUCAAAUUAUUACAGCCUCUAUUCCACAGAGAACAGAGUUUACUCUUGGAUUAAGAGCCACACCAUUUGAAAUCUCAAGAUCAAACCUGUCUUCUGGAUCUCAUGUAAAGAUGGAGAGAAAUCCCAUUUCUCUUUUGGAAAUCCCUGUGUUCCCUAAAGGCUCCUUAAUGACUUCUUUGAACAGUGAUGUUCAAAGUGUGAAGCUGACCUCAGAAAAGCUGCAGGAUAUUGAGGAUGAGGAGAUCCUGGACAAAAUGCUUGAUGAUUGUAAGGAUUUUGAUGAAAGGAAAACCAUAAGGGCUGCAAUAAGAGAACUCAGGAAGAAAAAACAAGAUCGGAGAGAGAGAGAAAGAAAUAUCCAUCUGCAAGAGCUCAGACAGCAGAGGGAGCAAAAACUUCAGAAAGUUCAAAUGAGUGGAGAUACCAGUGAAGCAGUAAUUAAGAAGAUUGACAGAACUGCAGGUGGCUCCACCAUUCGUCAGAUCACGAACUGUGUUUCCCAAUCACAAUCAGAUGACCCUGUCAGGACUUCCCUAAGCACUAUAAUGGAAGUCAGCUAUGUUCAAAAGUCAGACAAAGGCACAGUGAAAACUAAGUCCUACAGUUACUCCAGCAGCACAUCAACUAAAAAGAUCGGGAGUGAAAAUAGGACAUCAACUCUUGAUCACAGACAGGCAGAAAGAACUCAGCUAAUAAGGGCUCAGACUCUGCCCAAGACAUCGGCAGCCCUUGCACAAAAGACCAUAGCUGAGAAGCUUGAGAAAGACGCUGUAAGCAACUCUGCAAAUACAAAAGUGAACAAGGUGCAGCGUUCCACCAGCCUUGUUGUCCCCAGUGCAAACUCCAUCAAACAGAUUCUUCUAGACUGGUGCAGAUCCAAGACGUAUUCCUAUGAGAAUGUGAGCAUUCAGAACUUCUCCUCUAGCUGGGGUGAUGGUAUGGCAUUCUGUGCUCUGGUGCACAACUUCUUUCCAGAGGCCUUUGACUACUCAAGCCUUAGUCCCAGUAACCGUAGACAGAACUUUGAGGUGGCCUUUAGCACGGCAGAGGCCUAUGCUAACUGUAUGCCUUUACUGGAGGUUGAGGACAUGAUGAUAAUGGGAAAGAAACCAGACUCCAAAUGUGUUUUUACCUAUGUGCAGUCACUGGUCAAUCAUCUACGGAAAUAUGAGAUGACAAAGGCCCGGGCUCAGCAAAGCACGGACUUCUGAUGCAGCAUUUUUGAAGAAUAUGUAAGGAGACACCUCACUUCAAUGAAAAACUGUUCAAUGAUAAAUAAUUAAGUAAUUCAAUUAAAAUAUACUAAUUCAGGUCACAUUGUAAUCUGUAAAUGGUCAAUUCCAUGAAAAUGUCAACCUUACCAUUAAAAAUAAAGCUUUUACCAAAGGUUACUUACUAUAGUGCACAGAUGUUAACAUUUGGUGGUUCAAAUACCCAUGUGAUGUCUCUCGUCAAGUUUUUAAAGCAUUUGUUUUAGUUUUAGUAAUUAGUUUUAGUAGUUUUAGUUUUCAGGUAAAUGCCAUUUUCAGGAUUGUCACAUCGAUAAGGGUCAACCCAGUGGCACAGCAGUUUGUGGCAUAGACACAAAUUUUUCGUGUUAGUGAGCACAACCUUUUUUAAUGUCACUCAGCACGACUUUCUUUUUGUGUCACUCAGCAUGACUUUAAAUACAUAGACUCCCUGUGUAUUUACAUUUAUAUAUUUAUAACCUGAUAUCAAAAGAAGUCGCACAUGUUUUAGGAUGUGGAUAACCAGCACUUUACAAACCCACAAAGGCAAAUUUAGCUUAAAACUCAAGUUUCAAGAGGUGGAAAAACAAUGAUAAAUGGCUCCCCUAACCCUGCCCCUAAACCUAACUUCACAGGGGAGAAGUCAGAUCAUGACAAAACAUACCAAUGAGAUCGUAGAAAAUCGGAAUUCACACGAAUGAGCCACCUUGUAAAAUAGGUAGAAUUCCCAUCAGAUUGCGUUGAUAUAUAUAUUUACACAUAUGAAAGAUACUGCGUAUUAAAAAAUAUUAGAUUGAAAGUCAUGCGGGGUGAGCAAAAAAAGUUGUGCUGACUGACAAAAAAAGGAGGAAAUUUGUGUUAAUAGAUUAUAGUUUGUGACAAUUUCGCAAAUUCCCGUAAAACUGUGUUGUAAUGUUAAAUAUUCCUCAUAAAUGGGCACAUGAAAAUUAAAUUAUUUACUCUUUUAUGUUCUAUGAAGAGGCAUCCCUUAUCUAGUCGUUGGGUAUAACUGCUUCAGGUUUCUGCAUUUUAAUUAACAAAAAUCCUGCAAAGUUUGUCAUGUCACAAAACACAUUUCCAUGCUGCUUUUUCCCUCUUUCAGGCGCUUGGGAGUUUGCGAUUCCCUGGGCCCAGUUUUUCAAAAAAUGUAAUCUGGAUCAAACUGAUCCAGAUUUGGAAAUCACAUGUUUUGCUAUCCAGGAUCACCUGAUCCAUUUUACUUUUAUGCCAGUUUUUUAAAGGAACAUUGGAUUGGAUCACUGUGAUCCAAAUACCAAAUUUCAGAAUUACCAAAUCCUGUUAACCAGAGCCUUAAAUGAAACCAACAGUGUAGCCUACUGGUUUAGCAAAGAACAACAGGUUGGCAAAAUACCGGUGGCCACAAAUAGCCAUUGUUUGUUUUAAUUGUAAGAAACAGAUACAUUUUACAUUCCUUAUUUUGUUAUAAUGUUAAAAAACAAUACUAUCCAAUAGUCAAAAAUCAUCUAUAGGACAGAUACCAGCUCUUUCUAUCCCUGCCUUUAGGAGAUGUAUCUCCAUCUGCACUUUUUUCUGCUGCAGUUGGGUGAGCAAGAUUUGUUCUUACCCAGUUCAAUGUGUAGGUCUGCUCUUUCGGUUUCCCGUUUCAGAAGCAACUCAUAGCUGUCACCAUCCUGCGUUGUUGCUGAGGAACAGUAUAUGAGGUAUCAGUAAAGAUUGAUUUUUGUGAUCAUUCACUUAAAAAAAACCUCCCUGAUUUUAUUUGGUGCGAAAAAACACACCUGAAUCCACCCUUCUGAUGGGAUCAGGAUAAUCCAGUUUUUUGGGAUCAAAUAGAUCCCAAACAGAGUUAUGUUUUGAAAAACCCAAAGGGCAGGUUUGAUCCAGAUUAAAUGUAAAAUCGGAUUACAAGAUCUGAUCUCAAUUCGGAAUUCCUUUUUUUUCCUUUUGAAAACCCAUUUCCAAGAUUUGAUCCAAUCGGUGAUGCGAAAUCCCACUGGAUUAGUUUUGAAAAACUGGGACCGGGGGUCUGCCAAUACUAUAUGAGCGUGAUCGAAGUACUUCAACAAUUAAUUAAAGGAUAACAAACCUGAGUAAACAACCAAUGUCCUGUAAUACGCAACGGGGUCGUGAACAGACGGAGGGGCCCGUUAAAAAAGUUUUUGCAUAUUGGCCCGGACCUGACUUGCUACUCCACUGUCUCUAUCUAUCUAUCUAUUGUUAAUAAAUGCAGAAAAAACAUGCAAUUACCCUGUGAUUAUUUUUAGGAUUUUCCGUUUGUUUUGCAUUUAAAAAAGUAUUAAAUGUUGCUUGUUUUUACACGUGUAUUACCUUUAAUAACAGGGGUUAAGUUAUAUUAUAAUUUAUUGUUUUACACCUGGAAUGUAACAAUGUUAUUUAGUUACUUAUUAUUCAUAUGUGUGCAGUUAUCUGAGUUGAUGAAGGUUGUUAUGUUGUUAACCUGUGUGGUGUGUAUGUUUUAUUAAGUUAACAAAAGUAGUAAAACAAUUAUGUAUAAGUUUAGAAAUAUUUUAUUGUAAAAUUUGGUGAGGCAAAUAAAGUAUAUAUUUCAGACUAAAAAAAGACUAGCACAGCGGAGACGAGCCACACAAAGAGCAAACAGUAGAUGCAGAUCGUAUCGGAGAUGCUUAAAAAAGACUCUCUUUUUGUCUCUCGAUGAGUGAAACCCAGGGCCCGGUUUUUCAAAAGGUUUAAUCCGGAUAAAAUUGAUCCGGAUUUAGUAAUCCUUUUUUUGCGAUCCGUGAUCACGUUAUCCAUCUUACUUUUGGAGCCAGUUUUUUAAAGCAACAUCGGAUUGGAUCAAUCUGAUCCGGAUAGGAACUUUUCAGGAUCACCAAAUCUGGAUAACCAGUUCUGGAUAACCAGUGCUCAAACAGGAUAGGAAAUCGCAAUGUAGAACUAUAGAUAUGUAAAGAGCAAGAAGUAGAAUAGCCAGUGUGGGGUCAAUAUAAGUUUAUUUUUAUUUGAAAUGAAAACACACACAUUUAAAAAAACAAGAAAAACCCCACCCCAUCCUCUUCCAGCAGUCCACUCAUCUGAGACCUACAACACAAACAAUUGAGCAAUUGAGCGUUUAAAUAGAUCUGAGAGCGGAACCACAGAAAGCAUGCAACAUAACCCUUGCCUGUAUUGUCCUGCACAACAUCGUUACUAAGCUCAAUGUCCCUCUCUGUGCUGACAAUGAUGCACCUGAGCCCCUUGGAGACCCUAACCAACCUCCUGCAUUCUGCCAGAACGAGCAAACAGGACGUGCAACAAGGGACGAAAUAGUUAGACACUAUUUCUGAUUUGGAUUUGUUUUGGAUUUCAAAAAACAGUGAUUGCCAUUCUUUGCAUUUUUUUGGUUAUUCUGUAAUCAUUGCAUGCAUCACUAAUAAAUAUUCUAAAAACAAAAAUAUUUUCGAUUGUGAUGACUAUAUAUAUCAAUUAGUGACAGAAUAAAAUGUAUUGUUUUUGGUCAAUUUUGACAGCUGUUUGGAGGAUUAUUUUAUGAGGCCAAACUCUUUCUACUUUGCUGUAGGCCUGUACUGAAAGGCUGAAUACGUUAAAGCUUACCUAAUCACUGUAGCCGGACGGAUGAACAAAUAAAAUUAAAAACUUAUGAAUAAAUAGGAUAUCUUGUAAUAUACUACAUGAUCCAAAUAUAGUAUUAUUUGAUACAUUUUUAAAGUUUUCAUUACAUUUUGGGCAUUGAAACCAUGCUGAAUCCACCCUUCUGAUGGGAUCAGUUUAAUCCAGAUUUUUUUGGAUCAAAGUGAUCCAAAUCCUACAAAAAGUUCUGAAAAACCCAAACUAAAGGUUUGAUCCGGAUCAAAACCAAGAUUGGAUUACGUGAUCUAAUCCGAUUAUGUAAUCCGUUUUUUCUUUUGAAAAACACAUUUUCAAGAUUUGAUCCAAUCCGUUAUCCAAAAUCCUAGUGGAUUACUUUUGAAAAACCAGGCCCAGCUGAUAACACCUUAGCUCGAAACUUAUAUACAAUUGUUAUUGAGUUAAUUUUGCUUUUAUUUGCCAGAUAUUUUAUUUAAUGAAUAUAAUUAUAAUACUAUAAUAAAGAAUUAUGUCUACAACUUGUGUGUUUGAUAAAAACUUAAAAAUGAGAACAUACCACGGCUUUGUGAGUUUUAUUUAAAGGCUAAUGGUUAAGGUCAGAUUCGACUAACUUUAUCUAACCUGAGAAUAAUAAAUACUAAGGUUAAAGGUGUAAAGGAUAAACUAGACACUUUAAUAAAACAAACUGAUAACCUAAACUUUCGGUUCCAAAGCUGGAGAUAACUUUCAAGGUGUGCAAGUAACCAUAGCAACUCACUCUUUGAAGAUAACCUGCUACAGAGCAAGUUAUGUUCCAGGUUUAGUUCAUUUUAAGUAAAUGUUUUCAAAAUUCAGGGGUUGUCUGUGCAUGCCUAUGCUUUUGUUGACCAUCAAGUGGGCUUGGAAGCACAGAUUAUGUAUAAUAAUAUAAAUUUACAGCAAUAUUACAAUUCCAUCUCACCCAUCGCCAUUCAGCAUUCACAACUAAUUUUAUUAUU